CACAAACCUCAUCUAAACUAUCAGACCUUGAUCCAUCCAACGUACCCUACCUUGACACGUGUCCCUUUUAGUAUCAGAGAGUCUCAACAAACUGAACUGAUACAACGUAUACAUCAACGCGCGGAUUAUCCUCGGAUCUUCCUAACUCAUUAGAAAAGGGUUUCUUUCCUUAAAAUCCUUUUCAGAAGUUCAGGUUGAUUACUCUUUUUUUAGGGGAAUAAUGGAGGUAAUAGCAAAACCAGUGGCUUCAAGGCCUCCUUCAUGCUCUAGGGUCAGGACAUUCUCUGAGCUUUUGGCUGAUUCAGUUACCCUCUCUCCCCAAUCGAAUUGUCACGAGACUGUAGACGUUUCUAUAAUACCAAAGACUGAGCCAGCUGCAGCUUCUGUCUCAUCUCCACGGGUGGAAGAAAAUGGAAAUGUAAAGUCUUGUGAUGGUUUAGAGAACAGAAACUAUGUUGUUUAUAAACCUAAAGCGACGCUUGUUUCCCAAGCAACUAUCUCUGCAUUGGCUAAUAUGUUUAAUGGAAAUGGUCAACAGACUUGGAGACAAAGCAAAGCAGUAGCAAAUGGGAAGCGUGUGAGUGAAGUUACACAUCGACCCGGUCCUAACCUAAUCCCGAGAGUUCCAACCUUCACGGAAUCAGAGACAUCGACUGGGGACAGAUCUUCGGUGGACGGAUACAACUGGAGGAAAUACGGACAGAAGCAAGUCAAAGGAAGUGACUGUCCAAGGGGUUACUACAAAUGCACACACCCUAAAUGUCCUGUUAAGAAGAGAGUAGAGAGAUCAAUGGGAGGUCAGGUUUCAGAGAUUGUGUAUCAAGGUGAGCAUAAUCACUUUAAACCCUCGUGUCCUCUUCCACGACCACGGCGGGCUUCAUUUUCAUCCUCUUCAGGGUUUCAGAAACCAUCUGAAGAAGGAUCAAUAGGGCAAGAACCUAAUAAUGUCUAUUGUCAACCGCUCUGGAGUAGUCAAUGGAAUGAAUCAUCUAAAAGCUUAACAGAGAAGAUGAAUGAAGGUUGUGUUAUAACACCAUUCGAGUUUGCUUUUCUUGGUGGAUCUUGCAGAAGUAGCCAGUGUGAUGAAGUAGAGCUUGAUGAUCCAAGCAGAAGCAAGAGAAGGAAGGACGAGAAGCAAUAUAGUGAAGUGGGAGUAACGCAAAGCUCAGGGGAAUCAGAGAGUCAAGAUGAUGGAUUCAAGUGGAGAAAGUACGGACAGAAAGUGGUUGGUGGCAAUGCGUAUCCGAGAAGUUAUUACAGGUGCACGAGUGUGAAUUGUAGAGCAAGGAAACGCGUGGAGAGAGCGAGGGAUGAUCCAAGGGCUUUUAUUACAACCUACGAAGGUAAACACAAUCAUCACAGUUGCAACUGAGACCACCAACUUCGUCUACACCACUUCCUUUCAACUCCUCACAACAUUCUAAUCAAGCCAUUUGAUGAUCCCA